ACUUCUCACUCUCUUUUUCAACUAAGUGACAUUGGAAUUUUAAUCAGCAUAGAUUAUUAAUAGCUUGGAGUUUAGGGUUUUCUUUUGGGCUCGCCUUUUGAUUCUUACAUUCGAUUGGGUUUUGGGGGUCAAUGUUUCUUUAACUGUGAAUCAACUGGCUUUACUGAGUCUAAUAUGGCGAGUCUAAUACUUUGGGCUUUAGCUUUGGAUUCGCAUUUACAUCUACAUCGUGGGAACAAAAACGCUACCUGGAAUACAAGAAUCCACCACGAUUAAUUAAAAUGUCAGAUGUUGUUGUCAUGGUUGGGUACGGAGGGCAAUGGACCUCGACAAAAGACAACACUAUGACAUAUGCUGGGGGAAAACAAAAAAUGGUGAUUAUCCAACCAGAAAUGACAUAUCAAGAAUUGGUGGAGUUAUUGAGCUCUCGUUUAUGUAUAGAUCGUGGUUGUAAUUGCAUACAGAUUACCAUGAAGAGUGAAUAUUCCAUCAAUGGGAUGCCAUACAAAAUUGAGGAUGAUGAUGAUAUCGCCUGUGUUAUUGCCUUAUCGAAAAAGAUGACACAAAUGGUUUCUCUUUAUCUGACGGCUACUCCAAAGACAAGAAGAGCAUCACCAACAUUUGUUUCUAAAGCAUCAACUACUAGACCUUCGAAUAAUUUUCAAGAAGAACACUAUUGUGGUCCGCAUGUGACAAUGAAGACAGUGAAUGAUGUACCUCAAUUAGUUGACAAAUCGAAGCAACCAAUCCAUGACUCAACUUUGAACCUUCAAACUUCGAAUAUUAGAGAUGGUGUGACAAGAGGUGAGAGAGUUUUUCGAGUUAUGGAAAUCUUUCAGAAUAAAGAUGUAAUGCAAGAUGCAUUUAGGAGACAUGCUUUAGAGACUGGGUUCCAAUACAAAGUGAUAAGGUCAACUAAAUGUCGAUGGGAAGUCAAAUGUCUUUAUGAACAAUGUCAAUGGCGGGUAAGGGCAACAAAGCUAGAGGGUUGUGAGUGUUUUCAGCUUCAACGUUUAGAUAAUGGGCACAAUUGUCCCAGGGAUCAAAGAAUGUCACAUCAUAGGAUGGAUUGCAUAUACAAGCCAAAGAAAAUUAUAACUGAUAUGGCAAAGAGGUACAAGAUUGAUAUUUUCUAUGCACAGGCAUGGCAAGCCAAAAAUUGGGCAUUAAAUGAUUUGAGAAGUUCAUUGGAAGAGUCAUUUAUGUUGUUACCGAAGUACUGCUACAACUUAGAGUUGCAUAACCCUGGGACUGUGACACAUAUUGAGACUGAUGGAGCAAAUCGGUUUAAGUUCUUCUUCAUGGCGUUGGGGUGUUGUGUAAGAGUGUUCCGAGAUCACAUUCGUCCAGUCAUUUGUGUUGAUGCUGCAUUCUUGAAGAGUAAAUAUCUCGAAACACUUUAUAUUGCAGUAGGAAAAGAUGGGAACAACCAAGUUUAUCCUUUGGCUUUCGGGGUUGGAGGUAAAGAAGAAAUAGAGUCUUGGACUUUUUUCAUGAGCAAAAUACGAGAUUGCAUAGGUAGUGUGAAUAAGUUGUCCAUUAUUUCGGAUCGACAUCCUGCCAUUAUUACUGCUGUUGCAAACGUAUUCCCUAAAGCAAACCAUGGUUGUUGUUGCAUACAUUUGAAAGCUCAUAUACGUUCCGAGUACAAGAAAACGAAAGCGAUUGAGGGUUUAUAUUGGAAAGCUGCAAAGACAUAUUGCCAGUCUGAUUUUCAAGAUAUAAUGAGAAUAAUUUUUAACGUGAAUCCAGAUGCAGCUAUGUACCUAACAAACAUUGGCUUCCAUAGAUGGGCACGUGCGCAUUUUCCUAGACAUAGAUAUAAUAUCAUGGCAAGCAACAUUAUGGGCUCCUUUAAUGCAUUUGUAAAGGGAGUUUGUGGUUUGCCAAUAACUUUGCUUGCAGAAUUAAUUAGGCAAAAUAUACAGAAAUGGUUUUACACAAGGCGUAGUGUUGCAGAUGAAUGUACUACUCUGCUAACCCCUUGGGCAGAAGAUAAGAUAGCGAGACAUGUUCGAAAAUCUACAAACAUGAUUGUUAAAUCAAUUAGUGACCAUAAGUAUGAGGUCAUUGGUGGCAAGCAAAAAACUGAUUUGGUUGACUUACUAGAGCGGACAUGCUCAUGUCAAAAAUUUCAGCUUUCUCAGAUUCCUUGUACACAUGUAGUAGCCAUUGCACGAGUGAUGAAUCUACCCGAUUGCUAUCAAUGGGUGCAUCCAUUCUACACAAACGCAACUUGCAAAGCGGUUUACGCUGAGAAUGUUUACCCAUUAGGAAAUCAGUCAAAGUGGAUUCAUCAAGAGAAUCCUCAAAUCAUUCAUCCUCCGACGAUGAAACGUCAACGAGUUGGAUGACAGUCGAGUCUUAAUAAGGUUCCAUCUUGUGGUGAGGAUUGUGGAGGUCAAGCAGUUAUCAUUUGUAGCUGAUAGCCUUCUGCCAUUUGUUACGGCUGCUGCAAAGCUUGCCGGCAUCGCUUUACUGUCUAAUGCUUCUGGCUCUGCUCCUACUUUCCACUUCUCUAAUGGGGGUUUCAGGUUUGGAAGGCUUUUGAGUUCCCUGAUCUAUAGAGCUCCUAGGCUGAAUAUUGGUUCAAUACAACCUACUGAAUAUAACCUUGUACAUUGAUUAAAGUUGGUAUUUGCGGAAUAUAGAGACUUCUUGAAUGAAAUCACAGCAAUGUAUGUUGGUAAGAGAGGAGUAGGAAAAGCCAGUGGCAGCCAAAUUAAUAGACCAACAGGGUUUCCAACAGUCAAAAAGUUUGAAUGCAGAUGUAUCUGGAAAGGGAAAAGCAGGCAACCGUUGGUCUUUUGAAGUAGACUUUCCUGAUGCUGAAAUCGGCAAGGUGUGUUAGCGAUUUGCACCAGAGCCAAGUGGUUAUCUUUACAUUGGGCACUCAAAAGGAGCAUUAUUGAAUCAGUAUUUUGCCCAGAGGUACCAAGGUCAGCUGAUCGUGUGUUUUGAUGAUACAAACCCUGCUAAAGAAAGCAUCGAAUUUGUUGACAAUCUUUUGAAAGACAUUGUGACAUUGGGAAUCAAGUAUGAAGGAAUUAUCUGCACUUAGAUUAUUUCCCAAAUUUGAUGGCAAUAGCUGAGAAUUUUAUUCGACAGGGCAAGGCUUCUGUUGAUGGUACAGCAUGUGAGCAAAUGCAGAAAAUAAAAAUGGAUGGGAUUGAAUUAAAAUGUAGGAGCAACAGUGUUGAGGAGAAUAUGACAUUGUGGAGAGAAAUGAUUUUGGGAUCUGAAAGGUGUGUGCAGUGCUGUCUUCAGGGGUAGUUAGACAUGCAAGACCCUAACAAAUCUCUUCAAGAUCCAGUCUGUUAUCAUUGUAAUCCACUUCCCCAUCAUCAAAUUGGGUCUAAGUACAAGUUAUACCCAACAUAUGAUUUUACAUGUCUUUUUGUUGAUGCUAAAGGAGUAACACAUGUUCUUCGUUCUAGUGAGUAUCAUGAUCAUAAUGCUCAAUACCAUAGAAUUCAAGAGGAUAUGGGGGUAAUGAAGGUUCACAUUUAUGAGUUUAGCCUGUUGAAUAUGAUCUAUACAUAUCUCAGUAAGCAUGAGCAUCUCUGGUUUGUUCAAAAUGUAAAGGUUGAUGGGUGGGAUACUACUGGGAUGACCCUCAUUUUCCAAUUGUUCAAGGUAUUGUGCAAAGGGUUCUGAAAGUUGAGGCUUUGAUACAGUUUAUUCUUGAACAGAUAAUUAUAGUUCAUUUAAAGUGAAGAUUAUCUUCUCCGACUUUUUUUUCUGGGGGCUUCCAAAAAUCUCAAUCCCAUGUGUCGGAGACUGUACUUCUGGCCUUUACCAAUGGUCCUGAUGAACCAUUUGUUCACAUCAUUCCAAGGCAUGAGAGAUAUGAAGACUCAGGAGAGAAAGCUAUGACAUACACAUAGGAUGUGGACGGACCAAGAUGAUACCGUAUCCAAUCUGGAUGCAGCUCGAAGGAGAAACUUCUUAAAUGUGCUCAAACCAUUUACAAAAAUCAAGACUCCAGCGGUUGGACACUCGAACAUGCGAGAACUUAAACGUGGAGAGGAUUUGCAGAUGGAGAGGAAGGGCUACUACAGAUGCUACAUUCCAGAUGGAUACCAUCCAACGGUGUUGAAAUAAGACCCUUUCACAUUUGAGCUGUUUUGAUAUUUUGUUUUCAAUGAACCACGAUUCUGAAGUAUUGAACUCUCUCCUGAUACGCGGUUGUAGACAUUGUUGACGUAACUUACUGAUUUUACCCUUAUGACGGAAACCUUUUUUUUUUUU